ACUAUUGAUAAUAGGAAUUUAGAUAUUAAACUCAGCUUGGAUUGUAAGUGUUUCUGUGUGUUUUUCAGGGUGUUAGUUACUCUAUCCAAGCACUUAUGGGAAUGCAACGUGCCCUUGCUUGUCUGCAGAAGCAUCGGCUUUUUGGGCUAUGUGAGGCUCCAAAUAAAGGAACAUACAAUUAUAGAGGCGCACCCCGACAGUGAAAGCCCUGAUUUGCGAUUGGACAUACCGUGGCCGGCCCUACAAGAAUACCUGGAUGGAGUCAACAUCGAACAGCUGGAUCAGAAGGAGAAGAACCAUGUGCCUCCUCCAGUCAUCCUGCGCUAUUACCUGAACAAGUACAAGGAGAGCCAUGAAGGAAAACUGCCUGAGAAGAGGGUGGAAAAGGAGGCUCUAAAGCAGAUGAUCAGAGACAGUGGCAACUCCGAGGAGGGCAAGCAACGGUUUGUUUUAGAUGAGAACUUCGAGCAGGCCAUACAUUAUGCGAAUUCUUGCGUUACCACCAGAGCAGUGCCGGACCAUGUGCAAGUGAUAUUAGACGAUGAUUGUUGCACCAAUUUGACCCAAUCCAGUUCGUCCUUCUGGAUAAUGUGCGCAGCCUUGCGGGAAAUGGUCGAAGCUGAAGGGGCUCUGCCCGUUCGGGGCACACUGCCAGACAUGGCAGCGGACACGAACAGUUACGUUACCCUGCAAAACAUCUAUCAAAAGCGCGCUCAGCAACAAGUCGAAGUCAUUUACAGACGCGCGUCCCAAAUAGCCAGAAACCUCGGCUUGUCCCAAGAAACCAUCACGGAAAGCGAAGUGAAAUACUUUUGCAAGCACUCAAGCGAACUGCACCUGAUUAGGGGGACAUGCAUUGCCGACGAAUACCAGAAAACCAAUCUAGAUUUAACGGCCUAUCUAGAAGACCCUGAUAGCCUCAUAUUCUAUUAUGUGGUUCUUAGGGGCCUAGAGAGGUUUAUUGGCGAAUUCAACGCCUACCCUGGCCAGUUCGAGGAUCAAGUGGAACCAGAUAUUUUGAAGCUUAAAGGGGUGAUUGGAAAGCUGCUCAGCGAAUGGGGCUACUCGCAUGCCCUGAGGGAGGAGCGCGUUUAUGAGGUGUGCCGAUAUGGGACCGCGGAGUUGCAUUCAGUGUCCUCGAUUUUAGGGGGCUGUGCAGCCCAAGAAGUCAUCAAGGUGAUUACCAACCAGUAUAAGCCACUGAACAAUAUUUUCAUUUACGACGGCAUUAAUUGCACUUCGGCGUCGUUUUGCUUGUAGUGUGGGAUCGAAUGGAAAUAUGUUACAAAUAAACUGCGUUAAUUAUUCUCA